UUUCAAAGCGAUCCGUCAGUGUGGUAUGCGCAUUCGUCGAUACGGAAUAGAAACUUGAAUGUGAGCAACGAUGAACCAAAACACCGCAUUAGUAACAUGCGAGCAAUUCAAAUCAUUCUUGCGUGAGAAUUUUUCUAAUUUUGAUGAUCUUUUAAACUUUUCUGCAGUUCGACUUCUUGAUGACGGCGAAAACUAUAUUACAACGAUUAUAAGGAUCAGUGCCGGUAUAAGGCUAAAAGAUAAAAGCAUUCAGCGGGUGCAACUCAUAUUAAAAAUUCCCAAUAAGAUUAAUGAGAAUGACGAGAACGAAAGUAACGAAGCGUCGUCCUCAACAGAUGACUUCCACGAAUUAUUUGUAACCGAAGUGGAUAUGUAUAAUAACAUUGUGCCAGAGUUGGAGCAAAUAUAUGCAAAUUGCGAUAACAAACUACAUUUCAAACCAAAACAAUAUCAUUUUACUCACGAAUUAACCUGCGAUUAUAUUCUUCUGGAAGAUCUACAGGCAAGGGGAUUUGAAAUUGCGCGGCGGCGUGAAGGACUCAACGUAGAGCAUACUAAUGCUGUGCUUGCAAAGCUGGCGCAGUGGCAUGCUGCCUCAGCUAAGAGAGUUGAAACAAGAGGCGAUUACCCAGAAGAGUACGUAAACAGUUAUUUCUCCCAGCAGAAUUUGACAUUAAUUGCAAAUAUAAAUGCUGCAUUCAAUGAGCCAUUUGCCGACUGUUUGGAGAGUUAUGACUUGCUGACCCAAGAGAAGGAGAUCAUAUUGAGUUAUAUGAAAAACAUGAAUGAGUUAUAUACCAAAUUUGGCAGCAUCGAUAGACAAGCCUUCAAUGUUCUCAACCACGGCGACUUCUGGAUAAAUAACAUCAUGUUUCGACAUAGUGAGGACGACGGCGUGACAGUCCAGGAAGUGCUUUUUAUUGAUUUCCAGCUACCCAAGUAUGGAUGUUUCGCAAUGGAUGUGUUUUGCUUUUUGCUGACUUCGCCACAAUGGAAUAUUAAAUUGAGAAACUUUGACAAAUUCAUAAGUUUCUAUCAUACUGAACUGAUCAGAAACUUGACGAUAUUGAAUUACACGAAACCAAUGCCUACUAUUGAGCAAAUAAAUUCUCAACUAGAGAAAUAUGGUUUGUGGGCCUUUGUUUGUGCUCAGCGGGUGCUUGCAGUGGCAUUACUAGAUUCCCAUGAAAAUUCCAACAUUGAAACGUUUAUGAACAAUAACAAAGAAGGAAAAUCUUUUAAAAAACGCAUGUUUUUUAAUCCCAAAUAUGUGCAACAAGUGAAAGAGAUUUUGCCUUGGCUAAUUGAGAAGAAUUACAUGCAUUACAUGACACAGAUCUCACAAUGAUAAACAUAUUCUACGUAUUUUAUUUUUAUUUUACAUAAGUACGUAUUUUUUUAGAAUACAAUAAACGGUUCCUACGCCAAUUACAUACAUACAAUUUGAUUAAAAGAAUAGUAUAAUAUAAAUAUAGAAGCUCAAGUUUAUAUAAUCAUAAAUACAUAAUAAAGCUUCGAGUACACUAUUAAAAUAUUUCUUUUCUUGAUAUAAAUGCGAAAAUUUAAUAUUUCGGUUAACAAAUUUUUUCCAAAGUAAAUAACGAGCGCUGACUAGUUUAAGUGAAACCGAACAUUCAAAGCUUUUAACUUAAGUCUACUAUAAUAAAUGUGAUUCUGAAGGUCAUUUUCAAUCGAAUAUGUUUAAUAGAAUUCUUAAAAAUUUGAAUCAAUUUAAUAGAACAACGACGAGUUAUAUUCAUAUCGUGUCAUAAUUUAAUUUAAAACCACUUUAUAAGUAUUUAGUUCAAAAAACUAUAAUUUAGUUAUAUAUAAUUACAAUAAUGCCAUUGAAAAUAACUACAUUUUUAUCGAAUAAAACCAAACCA